AACAAACCUAGACGACGCAGAGCUAGAAAGUCCCAACAGGUGAUCGAGAGCAAUGGCCAAGAAGCCCAGGCCGGUGACGCACAUGGUGAAGAGUCCCGUGCAGAUGCCCCCGGCGAGCCAGAUUCGGAGUCGGACAACGGUUUUGAGAAGAUCAUGCAGCGGAAGGAGAUUCGUGAAGUCGCUACACAAUUGGUUCACGGGAAGAUGGAGGGGUACUGGACGGUCGUGGCCAACCUGUGCGCAUUGCUCCAGAUGGCCUGGAGGAAGGCUCCAUUCCUUUUUCCACUGAUGAAGGAAGCGUUGGGACCCAAUCGCGCACUGAUUACCCUCAUCCGGAAAGGACCCCAUGCCGACAUCAUCCCGCAAAGUGUGCUUCCGUGGCCGUGCUGUGACGAUGAACAACCUGGCUCGCCUGCUGGUCCGGCGCGCCUCUCAUCGCCCUCGCUCGCGGUUCCGAGCCCUGACGCGCCGAUUGUUCAACCGCAGACGGCGGACGGUCCAUCGUCGGUGACCCCGGCGGCACCGUCGACGCUGACUGCGCAGCACCAGCCUCCAGCCGUGCAAAGCACGCAGACGGCGUCCGAAUGGACUGCUGCCGCAGCGGUAGGGGGCGACCAUCCGCUUCAGCAAACCGCCCAACCUCCGCAGAGCCAGGCCUCCAAUCCGUCACCACCGGCUCCCCGCAGUGGCAUCCCUGACCAUCCGCCGGCUGGUCAACUGGGAGUGCCGCCGAACACUGUGGCUCAGCCCCAGACAUACUCGGGGUCCGUGACAUACCAUCCGCUGCCCACAACCGGUUUGACGACGGCUCCUGCGCCAGGCCCAGCAGGCCCAGCAGGGCCGCCCGCCCGCCCGCCCGUGCCCAUGCCCAUGCCCACUGCAUCCCAACCGCCACAAGCGCCGCUAUGGACCACGGAUGCUGUCCCGCACAUUACCUCUGUUCAACCGCCAUCGGCGCCGGGAGUGGCGCCGGGGCCUUAUCCCGGACAGUCCGUGAGUCACGGCGUGGCUGCGGGCAUGCCGCAGGUUAACCAGCCGAUGCACCCUACCGCUCUCGCAUACGGCUCGUUGCAUCCGCAGGUGACUGGUCACCUUUCCUCCGGCCAGCUCUACGUCGGCCCAGCCGGUCAGGUUGUACAAGCUGGCCAUGCUUUUCAAACCGGUCAGGCUGGUCAGGCUCUUCAAACUGGCCAAACUGGUCAAGUUGUCCAGACCGGUCAGGCUAUUCAAGCUGGUCAGGCCAUUCAAGCUGGUCAGGCUAUUCAAGCUGGUCAGGCUGUGCAAGCUGGUCAGACCGUUCAAACUGCUCAUACUGUUCAAGCUGUGCAAGCUGGUCUAGGGGCACCACCGCAACCUUCGUUUCCGAUGGCCCACGGCCAACCUGCCGCUGCGGUCCCAAACGGUGGCGGCUCGCUGACCGCACCCCAGCCCGUUCAGCACUGGACGCCCGGCGUGGCGGGACUGCCGCAGGCAGCGACGCAAACCGCCCCUCCAACGCAACCGGUAAACGCCGCGCUGUCCGCCCAACCAACAGACCCGUGUCAGGGAACGCUGGUGCACCCUGGGCAGCCGCAGGCAUCAACCCAACCGCCCACCGGGCACCCUCCCGUCGAACCAUCUCAGCAAACACCCUGGCCAGCCCAGCAGCAGAAUGACUCUGCGAUGGACAGUGACCCGUAUGGGCUGAACCUUUUGGAUUCUUGGUCUCUAUUUAAGUGAUCUCUGGCGGGUGUUUUAUU